AAAUCAUUAGAGAGGAAUCCCAGGCAUAUGGCUGGCUUUUGUCGGCUCCCCUCCCCCUCCCUUCCUUCCCUCCCUGCCGUCCGCUCCGCAGCAGCAGCAGGACAGAGGUAGUUCAGUUUUUGAAGCCGUGGCAUGAAUGAUCUCAUCUGAACCUGAUCUCCGCUUUCCCUGCCGUCGAUCCUAUGACCGAGACGGGAAUAAAAUAACACAAACACGAGGAGUCUUGCCUCAGACUGGCCUAAAAUGGGCAGAAAUGGUGCUGAACAAAAGCUGCUUGUCGCUCGUACAAAAGUACUUGAAGCGUUGCAGCCGGGACCAAGCUGCAUUGCUAUUGCCUGUGCCUCUCAACAGGAAAGAGAGACAACAUGUUCCCGAAGGGUACCAAGCGCAAGUUCUCAGACUCCGGGGAGGAGCCAGUCUCCAGUGGUGACCAGGUCCCAGUGGCUCCAUCUGUGGCGGCUCGGACGCUGACGUCUUCUUACAGCCUGCAGCGGCAAUCGCUGCUUGACAUGUCGCUGAUCAAGCUGCAGCUCUGCCACAUGCUGGUGGAGCCGAACCUGUGCCGUUCUGUGCUCAUCGCCAACACAGUGCGGCAGAUCCAGGAGGAGAUGACCCAGGACGGCACCUGGCAGAUAAUGACCCAGGCUCUGGCAGCCGCCCAGUGUCCCGCAGACCGCCUGGUGGCCACCGAGGUGCUGUGCCGGCAGACUGACGCGGCAGCUCAGGCCGGGCAGAGCCCAAAGCCCUUCUCGGUAGUCGGUCUGGAAGAAGGCUACCACGCUGAGGAGGUCGUGAUGGAGGGAGACGUGGAGACAGAGGUCACCAUGUCCACUUUAUCGCCCGUCUCCCCCCAGCUAUCCUCUGCUUCGUACCUUGCAGGUCCCUUUGGCAUGGGACCCUGCUGGGAGGAGGAAGAGGAAGAUGGUGAGUGUGAGGAGGAUGAAGAGGAGGACAGCGAGGAGUGUGCGUCUGAGAGCGAGGAGGGGGACCGGGACCACCUGAGCGCAGAAUCCAGGACAGGGGAGCAGGUUUUUGGGACUUUUGAGAUCAAACACCCUGCGCCGCCCCCUGACCCGGCCCUCGAGGAACUGUUUUCAGACGUGGACCCGUCCUACUAUGACCUCGAUACGGUGCUGACAGGCAUGCAGAGCGCCCCAAAGAUGGGGCCUUACGAUCUGCUGGAGAGCCUUUCCUCUCACGGGCCAACGGCCCUCAGCUCCAGCUCGAGCUGCAGGUCAGACCUGAAUGAACUGGACCACAUCAUGGAGAUCAUAGUGGGAUCCUGAAACUUAGAACAUUCCUCUGGCCUGUACUGAUCCCUCAGACUCUUUCCAGACUAUGCACAGUACACAUGUGCAUGUUCUGUAUGUGGUAUUGUUACACAUGGAGAUUGUUGGAGGUUUUGGGACAAGGUGGGAAAUUAACAGCAAGGCAAGUAGAUUUUGGGAUCGGCUGUUGGAGGUGUAGUUAGUCUGCUCUAACGGCCACUUAGGCAAGUCGGCAGCUGCUGUUGGGACCUUCAUCUUUUAUUCAAAAAAUGUAAUUGGCAGUUAAAGUAGUAACCGUGAAAUUAAUUAAUUUUGGGAUUCACAAGCCACGCUGGCCUGUGGGCGAAGCAGUUAGUUUCCUACUUUGUUGAUGAAAUCCAAAACUUGACAAUAUCUGUGAGAGGGCAAAGAUAAUUACCUAUACCAUGAUGCAUUCUUAUUUACGUACUUUCCAUGUUUACGUCUGUCAUACAUUCUGUCAUACUAGCUCCUUCUGGUCGUAUUCUCUGCCAUUUUGUCCAUUUCUAUUUAUUGUAACAUGGACUGAGGAACAAUUCAUCACACUACAUGCAUCAGAAACAGAACAAAUUGUAAAUCCAAAUCUAUGAAUCAAUGCAUAUUUUCCUAAAGAUUUGAGCAAUUAUGAAUGGAAUAUAUGUAUAUGUACGUAUGUGUAUAUAGAAAUAUAUUUUUUGCAUUAUACAGCUGGGGGAUUUUGCAAGUAUCAUUUGAUAUUAUUAUUAUUUUUCCCUCCCAAGCGGUUUUUAAGAUUUUAAUGUAGCCAGACUCAAGACAGUGUCUUCCCAUGGUUUGGUAUAACAAGUCGACUGUAACAGGUGUCAGGACUGGCAUCGUCACACUUUAAAGGCGCUGUUCUUUCAUUUUCUCAAAAGCUUUACGCAGGGCAGGGAAAUUACUGCCAGCCACCAACCAAAUGCUGGUUAAGAUUUGACAGUUUCUGGUAAGUUUACAGUAUCUAGUGGACAAAUGUAAGUAAGUUUCCUGCCCUGCUCUACAUACAGAUCUAAUAACAAUAACAACAGCUUUUUCCUGACGCAUUUGGAGAAACCCCGGGGUGAUAACUGCAUCAAGAAGCCAUAUUUCUUUCUCUCAUUUGUUAGAACAACAAAUGAAGAGUUCUGUGUGUUAACCCAAUCUAAUUUAUUGUUUUAUUUAUUGUAUUUAUUAUAUCUAGGUACCGACAUGCCAUAUUGACGUAUCAAUUCAACCAUGAGGCCCGAUGAAAUUAUAUUUAUCCAAAUUUUGCCCUCCGUUUUGAAUGCAGUACCUAUUUAUUCCUCACACUUUUUUAUUAGUAAUAAUAAUAACCGGGUUACUAUUCAAAUCACUAUGCAGCUCUGUCAUACGUGUUUCAAAAUGAUUGUAUAAGACUCAAAUGUCCUUUAAUUCCUUUAUGCAAACAGUUGCCUUUCUCCUAAAGAUGUGGAAAAUCAAAUGCAUUUUUCAAAAUUGUUCAUUAUCAUCGUGAUGAAGAGAUUUAACUCAGGCAAACAAAAUGUAUUGACAAAAAUACAGUAUUACGACACGCUUAUUACCUUACCACAACACUCCUGAAGGAUGUCACUCUGGUCUGAAUGGGAGCUAGAACUUCAAAGACUAAUUACCGUUGUAAAAUGUAUGCAUUUUUUUAUAUUAAGGAAAAAACAUUGUAGCAUCUUUGUAAAUAUUUUUUAUAAUAAAAGGUGCAACUAUUAA